GGAGGCGGCGGAGCGGGCCCGGGGCCGCCCGGCCCGGCCUGACAGCGGGGCGUUACCAUGUUCGGUGCCGGCCAGUCCUCCAGGGCGCAGUUCCUGGACAAGGCCCGGCAGGCGCGGGAGGAGCGGCGGGAGCUGAAGGAGCGGGAGCGCGCGGCGCUGCAGCUCCAGGCGCUGGUCAGGAGGUUCCUCUGUCGCUGCCGCCUGCAGAAGGAGAUCAGGAGGGAAGUGGAUGAUUUCUUAGGGGCCGAUGAGUCUGGCUCAAGCAAGAGGAGUGCUCUUUCCAUCUUCAGAAUUGCCAGGAAGCUGCUGUUUGUGUUUAAUCAGAAGGAGGACAAAGAGAGAUUUGAAAAGCUGUGCCGGUGUGUUCUGAAUAGCAUGGAUGUGGAGAAUGAGCCCAAGGUGUGGUAUGUGUCACUGGCUCUCUCCAAGGAUCUCACACUCCUAUGGAUCAAACAGAUCAAAGACAUCUUGUGGUUUUGCUGUGAAUUUCUCAAGCAGCUUAAGCCUGACAUCCUGCAAGACUCCAGGCUGGUCAAUCUGCACCUCACAAUGCUUGUCACCUUCACAGACACUUCCACCUGGAAAAUCCUUCGGGGAAAAGGUGAGACCCUGAGGCCUGCCAUGAACCACAUCUGUGCAAAUAUCAUGGGACAUCUCAACCAGAAGGGCUUCUAUUCUGUGUUGCAGAUUCUGCUCACUAAUGGCUUGGCAAGGUCCAGACCCUCCCUGUCCAAAGGCUCUCUAACCGCCAUCUUCUCCCUGGCGCUGCGCCCCGUGGUUGCUGCGCAGUUCUCAGACAAUCUGUUGAGGUCGUUCCUGAUCCAUGUCAUGUCUGUGCCUGCUAUAAUGACUCAUCUUGCUACUCUAACACCUGAGCGUCUGGCAGUGAUAGAAUCUCAGGAUCUUUUCCGCAAGUUCAUCCUGUUUUUAAGCCGUGAAACACAGUGCAGAGAUGUCUGCAUGUGCCUAGAAGGGAGUCACACUCUUUGUCUGUUGGGGAACCUGGUGUACUUGGGCUCCUUGAAUGAUAAAGUCCUGGAGGAAGAGACAGCUCAUUUUGUGGGUGUGCUCAUCCACAUGCUCUCCUACUGCCAGAAGUAUGUUUCACAGAAGAAAUCCAACCUCACCCACUGGCAUCCUGUUCUGGGCUGGUUUUCUCAAACUGUUGAUUAUGGAUUGAAUGAGUCCAUGCCUCUGCUGACCAAGCAACUGCAGCAUCUCUGGGGAGUUCAUAUGAUCCGCAUCCUCUUCAGUGAUGUGCUCAGCAAGAAAUUGCUGGAGAAUCAGGAAACAGCUCAGCUGGCAGCACAGCCAGUUUCCCCUCAGAACAGCCUUCCCAUGAAGAAUCUGUUCAAGAGAGCUUUCCAGAAGUCUGCGUCUGUCCGCAACAUCCUCAAGCCUGUGGGGGGCAAGCGGGUGGACUCAGCAGAGGUGCAGAAGGUCUGCAGCAUCUGUGUCCUCUACCAGACCACACUCACCACCCUCACACAGAUCCGUCUGCAGAUCCUCACAGGCCUCACUUACCUGGAUGAUCUGUUGCCCAAAUUAUGGGCUUUUAUCUGUGAGCUGGGGCCACAGGGUGGGCUAAAACUCUUCUUGGAGUGCCUGAAUAACGACACGGAGGAAUCCAAGAGGCUGCUGGCCAUGCUGAUGCUCUUCUGUGACUGUUCCCGCCACCUCAUCACGAUUCUUGAUGACAUUGAGGUCUAUGAAGAGCAGAUUUCAUUCAAACUGGAGGAGCUUGUUACCAUCUCAUCUUUUCUGAAUUCCUUUGUGUUUAAGAUGAUCUGGGAUGGAAUUGUAGAGAAUGCCAGAGGGGAGACCCUGGAGCUGUUCCAUUCUGUGCAUGGCUGGCUGAUGGUGCUGUACGAGCGGGACUGUCGCCGGCGCUUUGCCCCCGAGGACCAUUGGCUGCGCAAGGACCUCAAGCCCAGCGUGCUCUUCCAGGAGCUGGACAAGGACAAGAAACGAGCCCAGCUGCUCCUGCAGUACAUCCCACAUGUCAUUCCCCACAAGAAUAGGGUGCUGCUUUUCCGAAAUAUGGUUACAAAGGAGAAGGAGAAGCUGGGGCUGGUUGAAACCAGCUCUGCAUCACCUCACGUCACGCACAUCACGAUCCGCCGCUCCCGCAUGUUGGAGGAUGGGUAUGAGCAGCUACGGCAGCUUUCCCAGAAUGCCAUGAAGGGAGUGAUCAGAGUGAAGUUUGUGAACGAUCUAGGAGUUGAUGAGGCUGGUAUUGACCAAGAUGGUGUCUUCAAAGAGUUUCUGGAAGAGAUAAUAAAGAAGGUGUUUGACCCUGCACUCAACUUGUUCAAGACAACCAGUGGUGACGAGAGGCUGUAUCCAUCCCCAACAUCCUACAUCCAUGAGAACUACCUACAGCUCUUUGAGUUUGUGGGGAAGAUGCUUGGGAAGGCUGUAUAUGAGGGAAUAGUUGUGGAUGUGCCAUUUGCUUCCUUCUUUUUGAGUCAGCUACUGGGGCACCACCACAGUGUCUUCUACAGCUCUGUAGAUGAACUUCCCUCCUUGGACUCUGAGUUCUAUAAAAAUCUCACUUCAAUUAAGCGUUAUGAUGGUGAUAUCAGUGACUUGGGCUUGACGCUCUCCUACGAUGAAGAUGUGAUGGGUCAGCUUGUUUGCCAUGAACUUGUUCCUGGAGGGAAGACCAUUCCUGUUACCAAUGAAAAUAAGAUCAGCUACAUCCACCUCAUGGCUCACUUCCGGAUGCACACACAGAUCAAGAGCCAGACAGCAGCUCUCAUCAGUGGGUUCAGGUCCAUCAUCAAGCCUGAGUGGAUUCGGAUGUUCUCUGCACCGGAGCUGCAGAGGCUGAUCUCUGGUGACAAUGCUGAGAUUGACCUCGAGGACUUAAAAAAGCACACGGUGUACUAUGGGGGCUUCCAUGGGAGUCACCGAGUCAUUAUCUGGCUGUGGGACAUCUUGGCCAAUGACUUCAGCCCUGAGGAGAGAGCCAUGUUCCUCAAGUUUGUUACCAGUUGCUCCAGGCCUCCACUCUUGGGCUUUGCCUACCUCAAGCCUCCUUUUUCCAUCCGCUGCGUGGAAGUCUCUGAUGAUCAGGACACGGGGGACACGCUGGGCAGUGUCCUGCGGGGCUUCUUCACCAUCCGCAAGAAGGAGCCGGGUGGGCGGCUCCCAACCUCCUCCACCUGCUUCAACCUCCUCAAGCUUCCCAACUACAGCAAGAAGAGCAUCCUGCGGGAGAAGCUGCGCUACGCCAUCAGCAUGAACACUGGCUUUGAGCUCUCCUAGUUGCCCUGGGCUCAGAGCUGCUGGCUGCUGCUGGAGGUGGAGGCCUCCACACACAGGGCGUGUAUCAGCUCCACGGGAGAUGACUGCUCACUCGAGGGCUGGAGAGAUCCAGCUGAUAAUAAGGGUUUACAGGGAAGAGCUGCUGGGCCAGACAGAGCUGGCUCUUCUUGGGCACUUCUCCAGGAUGAGGGAGGUGAUGGGCCUGACCCAAUACACUUCAUUUGACACCCACGUAAAUUGUCUUUAAAAGCAAACCCCGGGGGAGCACAAAAGGAACGCUGCAAGUGCCAGUCAGAUUAGUGACCAUAGUACCCCCAGCAGGCUCUGCAGUCUGGGCAGCUGCUGCUGUGGGAGUGUUUCUUUUUCCUUUCCCAGGACAUGAUCCAGUUUCUUACUGGGCGGAAGUCAGUCUCUGGGAAGCUGCACAAAGGCAGAACCAUGACAGAGCCCCCAGGGAGACGAGCUCGAGGCGGCAGCGUUGGACGUGCCACAGAUGGGCACUGUUAACUCAGGACAGGUACUGCACGGGGGCUUCCUCAGGCCCCUGUGUUUCUCUCAGAGGAUGAACCACUUGCCCAGACUUGAGAAGCAGCAGGUUAAAUGCAGGCAGAUGGACCCUGCUACUCUCAGGAAGGUUUUGGAGUGCUGCAGGUUAAGAGCUUGAGCAGCAGGCAUGGAGGUCAGUGUGCUGAGCCAGCUGUGCCUCUGCCAAGCUCUUGCCAGAGCCUGUGCUUUGGACGAAAGGGUUUCUUGUCUGGAUUUGCUCAGGAGCAGAAAAGGUUUAAUUGUAUUUAAUUUCCAGGGGACAGGAGCUGGCACACAGCUCAGGCAACCCUUGCUCCCCAGCAUGGUGCUCAAGUGGGGCAAGUGCCCCUUGAGCUCUCUGGGUGGGGAACGCGUCGAGCUGCUGAGAGCCCUCUGGAAACCUCUGCUGGCAAAACUCCUCUUAACUUGGAGAAAAGUUUCACUUUUUGCUGGCUCCUUUGUUAGGAAGAUGUGCUGCUUUGGGCCAGGACUUGGCCUCUAUGUGACAGCCACCUUUGCUUUGUUGCCAAACUGUUUAUUUUGGUCGCUUUGUUUCUUUCUGGCCUUAUUUUUGACAGUUGAUGUUUGCCUGUAGGAGGCAGCUUUUUCAGGUCCUGAAAGUGAGGGUGUGAGUGGGGGGGGUGCCUGUGUGUCUUGGGAAGGUGUAAACUCUUCCUGCCAUUUCUAAUGAAGUCCAGAAUCUGUUCUGUAAAGUGUCUCUGCAGCUUCCCAGCCUCGGUCCCACGUGCUGCUCCAAGUUCUGCCUUGGCCCGGGCUGGGUGAGAGCACAGUCUGCUGCCCCGGGGGCUGCUCUGGGCUUCUGGCACAAAGGAAAGCCAUGUACCUUCUCCUGGUGGGGACAGGGUUAAAAACCAGUCACUUUCUCCCCCUCCCCUGUUGCUGCUUACUAGUAAAACAAGCUCCCACAGAGGCUGCAAGUAUCUCCCCUGUGUUCCUUUCCUCUCCUGCCCAUCCUGUGCUACGGGUGCCCCUUGUCCUGCUCCCUCUGCCCUUGCUGCACACGGGGACUUGCAGCAGCCACUCGUGCUCCCUACCUCACCCUCUGCCUUGCCCUGGUCCAGCUCACAGGGUUUCACAUCCCAUCUAGCACAGGUAUCUAGUAUGGAGAAGUCUCCCUGGGCUCCUUGGAAGACCCUUGUAACCACGAUCUGUUGCACAUUUCAGACAACCAGCCCAGACUUGGCACCAUUCAACCAAGAAUACAGAGACAGCCUUUGCUUCAUCUUUCUCUUCUGUCUUGCCUCAGCUGGUUUCCAGAGAAGUAACCCUUUUUUUGGAACGAAUGCUUGGAAAUGCAUCUGGAAAGCAAUGCCAGGAUCUGUUUUUCUAUGUCAACUCAGUAAUAUUAAAUAGGAAUGAUGGGCAGUGUUAGUAAGGACAGGAAUGUCUGCAUUCAGAGCAUUCAAGAUGCUGGACAAAGAGUCCAGAGAAAAAGAUAAUAUUCAUUUUUUAUUAUUUUAUUUUUACAUAGAGUGUUUCAGUAUUAACCAGUUGUUGAAUGUGCAUUUGAGAGGUUUAGGCACUGACUUGUACCAAUUGUAGUUGAAAAUACCACACGAGAACUUUUUUCUUCUAGGGAAAUGCAGUGUCUAAAUAGAGCACAAAGAUUGUUUGAUGCAGUGAGUUACUGAACACAGUGAAAUAAAAUCUUUGCUCCCUUUUUUUCCUUCA